AUGGCGGCCGUGGGCAUUGACUUGGGAACCACGUUCUCAUGCUGUGCGAUCUUCAGAGACAACAGAGUUGAGGUGAUCCCGAACUCCGAUGGAGGGAGGACGACGCCAUCAUGGGUCAGUUUCGUGCAAAGCGGAGACUGCGAGCGGCUGGUGGGAGUCACAGCAAAACAUCAGGCGGCCAGUAACCCCAAGAACACGGUCAACGACGCAAAGAGGCUGAUAGGCAGACUGUGGAGUGAUCAGGGACUGCAGGAAGACAUGUCCCGCCUGACCUACGACGUCGAGGAAGGCGAGGAGGAGAAGCCGCAGAUUGUGCUGACGGUGAGAGGAGAAAAGAAGCGGUUCGCUCCCGAGCAGAUCUCAGCCAUGGUGUUGGAGAACUUGAAGAAGUCUGCCGAGACGUUCCUCGGAUGUGCUGUAGAGCAAGCGGUCAUAACAGUCCCUGCACACUUCAACGAUGCUCAACGACAGGCGACGAAAGACGCAGGAGCGAUUGCUGGGUUGAAGGUUCUUCGAAUCAUCAACGAGCCGACGGCCGGAGCCCUCGCGUACGGUCUUGACAAAAAGGAAGGGAGUGACGGGGGGAGAAAAGUCAUCAUCUUUGACCUCGGAGGAGGAACUUUUGAUGUCUCAAUCCUGGCAAUGGAGGACGGUCUAUUCGAGGUCAAGGCAACAGGUGGCAACACCCGACUUGGCGGAGAAGACUUUGACAGGAAUGUUGCAACGUUCCUGGUCAAACAUUUCAAGAAAGAAAACCCUGGCUCAACUGUGAGUGAAAGAGCUACAAGGAGAUUGUUGGCGGCGGUCGAGAAAGCAAAGUGUACACUCUCCGUGACAACAUCGGCAGAGAUUGAGGUUGACUCGUUCACUGACGGCAAGGACUUUCAUACCACCCUGUCAAGAGCUAAGUUUGAAUCUCUCAAUGCGGAUGAGUUCUCUUCAUGCAUGGAUGUCGUCAAAGCAGUUCUCAAGGACGCAAACAUGCCGAAAGAAAGCAUUGACGACGUGGUCCUGGUUGGCGGCAGCACAAGAAUCCCGAAGAUCCGUCAGAUGCUCUCAGAAUUCUUUGGCGGCAAGGAGCUUUGCUCUAGCAUCAACCCCGACGAGGCCGUUGCUGUAGGAGCAGCGAUCCAAGCCCACAUUCUUGGUCUGCUCCUGCUCCUGCUCCUUCUAGUCACUCCUCUCAGUCUUGGCAUCGAGACUGAGGGUAGAGUCAUGAGCACAGUCGUCAAGAGGAACACGCCCAUCCCCGCGAGCAAGCAGAGUGUCUUCACAACCACUGAGGACUGGCAGACUGAGAUCGACGUCUGCGUGUUCGAAGGCGAGAGAGCAUCUACUGACGGCAACCAUCUCCUCGGCAAGUUCGUCAUCUCGGGCGUCGAGCGAGCCAAGGCAGGGGUCCCCCAAAUCCUCGUCACUUUCGACAUCGACGCCAACGGCAUCCUCAAAGUCACUGCUAUGGACAAGGUGACCAACGCCAAGGCCAACAUCGUCAUCAGCAACAGGGGAAGGAACUCCGACGAGGACAUCCAGAAGAUGGUGGAGGAGGCGAAGUUGAUGCAGGAGGAGGACGAGCGAUUCAGGAGGAAGCAGGAGCUGAUCCUCGGGGCUGGCGACGAGGGGCUGCCAUACCAGGACGCAAGCGAGGAGGAGCUCAGGAAGAAGAUCGAGGAGCUCAGCAUCAAGAUCAAGUGA